CGUCUACCGAUGCUCUCCCUUUUUGGUUUCUUCCUCUAUAAACAAACCACCACUCUUAGCAAACAACAAAAUUUUCUACUCUUCUUAUCUUUACCGAUUCCCUCAAUACCAUAACCAAGAAGAAGAAGUAGAAAAUAGUAAAAUACAACACCUCAAUGGCUUCUUCUCGGUUUCUCCUUCUCCUCUCUUUUCUCAUCUUAAUUUCAUCAUCAACACCAACACCAACACCAACACCAACAUCAACCAUCACCAUCCCUCUAUCAGCUCCUAGCUCCACCAAGCUGAUCAUAUCCUCAAAAAAUCCCUGGGGAGCACUCAAUCACCUCGCUUCUCUAUCUCUUUCAAGAGCCCACCACAUCAAGUCCCCAAAAACCAAAUUUUCUCUCCUCAAGACCCCUCUUUUUCCACGUAGCUAUGGUGGCUACUCCAUCUCUCUCAACUUUGGUACGCCUCCACAGACAACCAAAUUUGUCAUGGACACCGGUUCUAGUCUUGUUUGGUUUCCUUGUACUUCUCGCUAUCUUUGCUCAAGAUGUGACUUCCCAAACAUUGAAGUAACAGGAAUCCCAACAUUUAUACCUAAACAAUCAUCCUCUUCAAAUCUUAUUGGUUGCAAAAACCACAAAUGCUCAUGGCUUUUUGGCCCUAAAGUUCAGUCUAAAUGCCAAGAAUGUGACCCCACUACUCAAAACUGCACUCAAUCCUGUCCACCUUAUGUAAUUCAAUAUGGUUCAGGCUCCACAGCUGGACUUCUACUAUCUGAAACUCUCGAUUUCCCAGAUAAGAAAACCAUACCCGGUUUUCUUGUCGGGUGCUCCCUUUUCUCCAUCAGACAACCCGAAGGGAUUGCCGGGUUCGGUCGGAGCCCCGAAUCACUCCCUUCACAACUGGGUCUCAAGAAAUUCUCUUACUGCUUAGUAUCUCACGCUUUUGAUGACACUCCAGCAAGCAGUGAUCUUGUUUUGGAUACCGGGUCAGGUUCGGAUGAUACCAAGACCCCAGGGCUUCGCUACACACCCUUUCAAAAGAAUCCAACCGCUGCAUUUCGGGAUUAUUACUAUGUAUUGCUGCGUAACAUUGUCAUAGGGGACACACAUGUUAAAGUGCCUUACAAAUUUCUGGUCCCUGGAUCAGAUGGUAAUGGAGGGACGAUUGUGGACUCAGGGACAACAUUCACAUUCAUGGAGAAGCCAGUUUAUGAGUUAGUAGCUAAGGAAUUUGAGAAGCAAGUGGCCCAUUAUACAGUAGCCACUGAAGUUCAAAAUCAGACUGGUUUAAGGCCUUGUUUCAAUAUUUCUGGCGAGAAAUCAGUUUCUGUCCCGGAAUUCAUUUUUCACUUUAAGGGUGGUGCUAAGAUGGCAUUACCUUUGGCAAAUUAUUUUUCAUUUGUUGAUUCUGGAGUUAUAUGCUUGACAAUUGUGAGUGACAAUAUGAGUGGUUCGGGAAUUGGAGGUGGACCGGCCAUUAUUUUGGGGAAUUAUCAGCAGAGGAACUUUCAUGUAGAGUUUGAUUUGAAGAAUGAGAGAUUCGGUUUUAAGCAACAAAAUUGUGUAUCGUGAAAUGGUUCAUUUGUCCUAUGAUAUAAUAUAGUUUGGAAAAGAGAAAUAAUUAGCAUUGGCUCAUCUUUGCUAGAUGUUUAAUUCUUAGGUGCAUGGUAAGGAUGGUGGUGAUGGAUGGUGGUGGCUGCAGCACUGGAAGCACUAGAGGCCGCUGUGAUGGUGGUUCCGGUGAAAUUGUUAAUUGUCGGUCAGCAAGCAACGGUUGGUUGACAAGGUUUACUUUUUCGUACAAUCACUGUUACAAAGGUUGAAAUUAUAUAGAAGAGAUUUUGAAGAAAAUUGUUCUUAUACGGGUUUUCCUUCUUUGUUUUUUCCCCUUUCCUUUUCGUUUUCUCUAUGUGCCUGUUCACGCAUGGUAGCCGUUAUACCUUCGUAGCACUAUGGGAUAUCUCUCCAGCCUAAUCUUUUGGUGGUGCACAAGGCAAAUUAAUUCGUCCUUUUGUUCAACGGUCACUAAUCUAUUUUGUAUUCAUGUAGGAGACAUCUGCUCCAGCGCGUGCUUACUGUUGAAUUGUCGAUGUUCAUGUUGGUCCGUGCUCCUUUAUAUGUGUGUCAUGAAGUGUCAACAACGUAUUUCUUUUUUCGUAUCUUUUCAUGUAGGGAAGCGUCUUCUCUUUCUUUUACUGUGUAAAUAUGACAGAAAAGGUUGUCUGAUGGUUGCAAAGCCCAUAUGUAAGAGUAGGAUAAAUUUGGCCCCCAUGUUGUAAUGGUUAAUACUCAAUUAUGGGUGUGAGUUUCUAGAGUUAAUAAACAUAUGUUAGGAGGACUUUUUUAUUUGAAUAUAUGAACUUUUAUUCUUA